CACGACUCCACUUUUAACAUUAUCUUCAUCGGCUAGUAAAUGACCAGCAAAGGAAAAUCUGCGAAGUUCGUCCUGGUCCUUCUCUUUCGGAACGAGGCGCAGUAUAGGAGGAUCGGGCGCCCUCCGAAUUUCACCACUAGAGAUCCUGCAGCAGUUAAAAAGUACCCAGCACCACAAGUAUCAAACUUGAGAAACACCACGGCGACGGGUAGAAAUAACCUAACAAUAACCACAAUCACAGACUCUGCAGCAGUUAAAAAGAACCCAGCACCACAAGUUUCAGACUUGAGAAACACCACAGUGAUGGGUAGAAAUAACCAAACAAUAACCACAAUCACAGGCCCUGCAGCAGUUAAAAAGCACCCAACACCACAAAUUUCAGACUUGAGGAAACCACGGCGACGGUUGAAGAUUCUGGCCGGCCAGAAGGAUGAGGUUAAAGAGAAGAAAACCUGAAGGUAAGCACCUCAGGAGAUCAAAGUGGGAGACCCUAGAGAGAGAAGCUCCUAGAAGCGGUCCCUUUGGUUGACAAUCAGUUUAUCAUCACAAGUUAGUGUUUUUUUUAAUGAUAAGAUAGUAUAUUUUUUUAUGAUAAGAUUUGAUCACUAGUCCUUUAAUUUAGUAUAAAGGUAGAAAUUUGUU